AGGCAGGUGAGGUUAAAAUGUUGGUGAAGCACAACAAAGGAUGUAACUGCAAGAAAAGUGGGUGUCUCAAGAAGUAUUGUGAGUGCUUCCAGGCCAAUAUUAUGUGCUCUGGAAUUUGUAAAUGCAUCGACUGCAAGAACUUUGACGGAAGUGAAGAGCGAAGUGUUCUCAUUCAUGGGGAGCAAUGCAAUAUCAUGCCAUCCAUCCAACAAGCAGCCAAUCCAGCCUUUGACGGGGCCGUCUGGUCUUCUGGUUUUGGUAGCUCUCCAGCAACCAAAAAACAACAGCCCAUCUUUGGUUCAACAUCCGAUGAUCAAUUUGCUAACAGGAUUGCACAAUUUCAACAGGAAAUUCACCUGACAGCUUCUGCCACCUGUUCCUCCCUCUUAUCUGUCCCUCUAUUUGGCACUACUGUUGCAACAGCGGGAUCUUCCAAAUUCACAUACAGGUCUCCCUUAGCAGAUAUUCUCCAACCACGGGAUGUGAAGGAGCUUUGCUCACUUUUGGUCAUAGAUUCUACAGAAGCUGCAAUGAUGCUUGCAGACAAAAAACAUUUAAUGGACAAAAAAGCAGAGAUUGAUCAGCUCGAAGGUUCUGUUGCUUCAUCUACUCUAGAGAGUGAGGAUAGUCAAAAAGAAAGUUCUGUUCAGGACCAAUUGAGUGGAAACCAAACAGAUGGGGUCCAAGGGGAUGAUUGUGCAUCUGUUGGAGCUGAUUUUCAAAAUGGAAGUGCAGUUUCUCCAGGGACACGUGCAUUGAUGUGUGAUGAACAAGAUACAAUGUUCUUGAGAGCUGGGCAUCCUACUGGGAUGGCAGGCUGUAGUCAAAACACAACUCUGAGUUCAUCUUUUAUGCAGGGUUUCACUGAAGUUUAUGCAGAGCAGGAAAGACUUGUCUUGAUGAGGUUUUUGAACUUUCUUAACAGGCUCGUCACUUGUGGAAGCAUAAAAGAAACAGCGUCUUCUCCAUUAACCAAGCCUGAAACGGAAGCCAACAAGAAUCUGUGCAGAAUGGCGUCAUAAAAGCUGAAAUUGGCACAGCUCAUAAGGAGCCCAACGGAAAUGGCCCUGUAAAACAUAUUGUCCCUGCCACGGUUGUCUGACAGUUUCUGAGGUUGCUUCUAGUUAUCUGCCUCUGAAGGCUGUCUUGUUAGAUGGAACUGGCAAGAUACGACCGAAGAUUCAAAACUCAUACUAACACGGGGAAACAGUUCAAAUUAUGUAGUUUAUUACUGCAUCUUUGUGUAUUUUGGCCAUAAAUUUUGGCUGUUCUUGAUGCAGUUAUAAGUUAAUCUUGGGUCCUUUUUUCAGAAAUGUUGUCGACUGAAGAAUCAACCCUAGCUAGAUCCUUACGUUUUUGGUACAGUUUAUGAUCAAUAUUUAUAUAUGUAUAUAAUUCUCGGUUUUAUUUAUUUUUGACCUUCUGUUA